AAUACGCACCUGACAACAACUUGUGUGUGGGAUAAGAUAGUACUAGCUUGCAAUAUAUUUUGCAACAGCUCGUGCAAUGUUUUGUAACUUGUGCGUCAAAUCUAACGAGAUAUAGAGCUAUGUUAAGUCAUGCUGAUACAUCUGUACUGGUGGGGCCACGUGUCUAGCUGUUAUGUAGUUAGCUAGGGUUAUCCGGACUCAGUUCGCUAGCUACUUCCUGUAUUGUUUUGUAACAUCGAAAAAAUGACCUUACGCAAGUUAUUUCACGAAAUUAUUAUCAGUAGUCUGGUGUUACUGCAAGCGAGAAGAAGCACUUCUCUUGGAAACAGCAGUGUGUGGCAGAGAUGACACCGGUGCGACGGUCAAUUGGUGAAGCGCUUUGGGGAAUGUGCGCAGCGGACUCUAUGUCCAUGCCCGUACAUUGGUACUACUCUGUCUAUGACAUAAGGAAAGACUUUGGAGGUUGGAUAACUGGCUUCAAUGCGCCCAAGAACAGGCAUCCAUCCAGCAUUCUCACUCUCUCCAACUCAGCUGGCAGUGGUCGCUCAGCAUGGUCAUCGUCAGCUAACCGCCCUAACGUGGUGGGGAAUGUUAUCCUCCACGACAAACUCAAGUUCUGGAAGGCAGCAGCAGGAUCAGUCCAUUACCACCAAGGAAUGCAGGCAGGUGACAGCACCCUGAAUGCCAUCUGCUCUCUGAGAGUGGCUCAGACACUGGCACGGGGCAACUUUUCCAACAUGUCGAACCCAGAAGCGCGUGCUGCCGUUUUGAAAGAUUAUGUUCAGUUCAUGACCACGCCAGGUACACAUGAAGACACUUAUGCAGAGUCAUUCCAUAGAUCCUUCUUUUCUGACUGGCAGGACUCUAGACCUACCUCUCCCAGCAAGAUCCUGGAGUUUGCAGAAAAGCGCUAUAAGCAGAAGAUGAAUGUGUCCGUUCCUGACGGCCAGCUUGACGCAAUUGGCUGCAUCCCCAUGACGAUUCCCUUUGUUCUUCUCUCUGCUUCAGCCAAUGAGGAGCAAGCUCUGUCGGCAGCUGUCGAGUUUGUCAAACUCACACACCCCCACCCUAAGGUGGAAAAAUACGUGGCUCUAUAUGCCCGUGCCCUUCAUGCCACCCUGAAUGGCGGCAACCUCAAACAGCAUGCAGAGGCAGCCCUCCGCUCGCCCACGCUGGACGCAUGGGACACGUGCCAGCACUACAUGCGACGUGCAGCCAGGUUUCCAGUCUCUUCAGAAGAGAGGCUGAAGGUUCACCAGAGUGCUGUGGAAGCUCUGGGCUUGGCCUGCUAUACUAAAGGUGCUCUUAGCAGUAUGUUCUACUUGGCACAUGAGUUCCAUGAUGACCCUCAUGGAGGCAUCUUGACUAACACCAACUGUGGUGGUGAGAACUGUAACAGAGGUGCAGCAUUGGGGGCUCUGCUGGGGGCCCAGGCUGGUCACAACGGGGGGGCAGUGCCCCAGGAGUGGAAGGAUGGAAUGCUUCACUCCCAGGAGCAGAUCCGGGAAAUCCUUACGGAGAUGGACCAAAAUUGAAACAGUGACCCCUAGUGGUCUUGAAAGCAAAGGGAAUUACAGAGAGAGAGAGAAACAGUCAAAUUAGUUUGAAUAUAUUUAUUUUAUUUAAACCUUACUCCUACUUCCUUUCUGACAGACAGACGGAAAGUACAGUAGACUUGCCUCCUUGUAAAACCGCCAUUCAAGUGUGUGACUGGCGAGUCUCAGCUGAGCUGUUUACAUCAUUCGUUGUUUUAUUGUCUUCCCUUUUGGGACUCUGUCCCAAGCGCAUAUGCACAUGAAGUGGCACCGUUUGCUCUCACAUUCCACUUUCUUCCUAAUUUUCACAACCUCAAGUUCUCUUGGAAGGGAGUUAUAACAUCAAGGUCCCAACAGCGCUAGCAAAAAUCUCCCUUCUACCUCGAUGCAGAAUGUUAAUGUAUGUAUUACUAAGCUGUCUUCCGCCUUAUAUGUGAUAAAAACAUAAUAAGCAUUAUCAGAUACUGAAUUUAAAAAGAUUAAAAUUUUCUGCUUUUAUUUGCAAGAUAUUUUGAUGGUGACCUUUUCUUUAGGAUUAGCUACAAUCUUAUUAAACGUAUCUCAUGAACGCACACAGUGUGGAAUUGUUUAAUGUAACACAAAUACGGUGUUAGUUUUCUGCGUUGAGUGUAACCACUUUGUGGCCUGUGCUGUGUUAGGAUAUGAUAAUUAAAUUGUUUAUUCAUAUCUCAUGUUAUCAAUUGUUUUAAUUUUCUGCUACACUUAACACUACCACAAUAUAUGUAUAAAUAUUCAUGAUUAUUUUGGGCAAUUACCCCAUGUUGUGAUCUCUGUCUCUCAUGUUUGUGGAAUAACCUCUUGCAGUGAAAACAAUGCAUGCUCUGAAACAUAAAAAUAAACAG